UAUGUUAAACAUUAAAAUAUAAAUCAUUCAGAGCAAAAAAAUUGAUCAAUCAAGAAAUCAAAAUGAUCGUGAAACCGUUUUUGCCUUUUUUAAUUCUCAUUCUGGUGUUAAAAUGUUCACAAGUGAAUGGACAUAAAAGAUGGUCAGAGAGUAAAUUGGAGCGAUGUUCGAGUGAAAGGCAAGAGUUCAAUGAAUGUGGAACCGCCUGUCCACCCACUUGUUACCUGCCAAAUCCUGAAUUUUGUACCCGAGAAUGCGUUGCCCGAUGUUUUUGUAAAGAAGGUUAUUUUGAAGCGUUGGAUGGUCAAUGUUAUACUGAGCAAGAAUGUGUAGCAAUCAUCAAUGCGCCUCCAAACACCGAGUCUCAUGAAUCGAUGAACUAUCAUCUUACCACAAUUCAAAGCUAUUAUAAGUAUGAAUUUUUCGAAAAAUAGUAUGAAAACCAUCAAAUUUUAACCAAUAGAGCAAAAAGUGACCCUUUCAAUGCAAAUUUUGUCACUUAUUCUUUCGUCUUCUCUUUGAUUCUCAUUACAAAUAACUUGUAUUCAGUUAUUACUUUGAAUUAAAAGUUCCAAAAUUAUUAAAUA